AAAAAGGGUCAACUAGCCUAUUGCCGCCAUGACAGACAACACAAAGACCCAGUGUUGCUGAUCAUGAAAAUCAGAAUUCAGUUGAAAUUUGAAGCAUCGGUAUAUUGAAAUAAAAUCGGUAGUUUUGCAUUAGACUUUUAUUUUAUGUGUCCAUCAUGCUAGCGUACACCAGAUCAAAUUCGAGGUUGUUCAAUGCCAAUAAUAAAAUCGGGAAUGUUUAUUUGACGUGUAUAGCCAGCCUUAUUCUGGCACUGACACAGCCACAGACUAUUAAGAGAACAAGCCACAGAGUGUAGUGUAUAUUUAUUAUGAUAUACACAGCAGCUGUCAGUAGCGGGUUAUUUUCGUAGGUUAUUUUGUCUGUAAUGACCCUGCUCAGUAAUUAAUUGGGACUAAUUUAAAUUGUCUUCUGUAUUAAUUUGAAACAGAAGAGUUUAAUUUUUCAAUAUGCCUCGGUUGGACAAAAAACCUAGGGUAAUGUUGGACGAAUUUCGUGUAAAAAAUGCACCGGAUGAUUAUGGGAUGGCUGACGAAAAAUGGAGUUUUAAAAAAUUUGCGAAGUCCUUCAAAAUUCAUAUAGUACGAUUAGAUAAUACUGAAAUGGAAUUUGAUUUAAUUGGAAUUCAACCUGCUUUUGCCAAUGCAUUUAGAAGACUCAUGUUGAGUGAGGUACCAAGUAUGGCUAUUGAAAAAGUUAUGAUAAGAAAUAAUACUUCCAUAAUACAAGAUGAAGUUCUAGCCCAUCGUCUGGGAUUGAUCCCAUUAAAGGCUGAUCCCAGAUUAUUUGAAUAUAAACCUGAAGAUGCAGCAGAAGCAACUGAGUUUGAUACUUUAGAAUUUUCCCUAAAAGUCAAAUGCACUAAUAAUAAAUCACAGCCUAAGGAUUCCUACCGCCCAGAAGACUUGUUUGAAAACAACUGUGUAUAUUCAUCACAAAUGAAAUGGCAUCCAAUAGGCAACCAAGCGUCUGUACACAAAGAGGCAGAUGUGGGCCCGGUCCAUGGAGACAUCCUCAUAUCAAAGAUGAGACCUGGACAUGAGCUAGAUUUACAAUUAAUUGCUGUAAAAGGAAUUGGGAAAGAUCAUGCAAAAUUUUCACCUGUUGCGACGGCUUCGUACCGCUUGCUGCCCGAUAUCCGGCUUACGCGCGAAGUGAACGGCGGCGAGGCGACGUUGCUGCAGAGCUGCUUCUCGCCGGGCGUCAUCGCCAUCGACGAGGACGGCUGCGCGCGCGUUGCUGAGCCGCGCUACGACACCUGCAGCAGGAACGUGUACAGAUACGACGAGAUCAAGGAUGCCGUCGAACUCAGCAGGAUACGAGACCAUUUCAUAUUUAAUGUGGAAUCCGUCGGAGCUAUGGCGCCAAAUAUAAUUUUCGUAGAAGCUGUCAAGAUUUUGCGAGAUAAGUGCAAAUCGCUAUUAGACGAAUUAAAUACGCUAUAAAAUUCUAUUGUAAUAAAAAUUGUCAUGAAACUGU